GGAAGUAGUAAGAAUUGUGGGACCGGAAGUGCUCAGAGACCUUAGUGACAGAGUAAACACUUUUGGACAUUUUUAUUCUCUCAUGUUUUCAUAAAAUAAGUACCAUUUUUCUGUAGUUCAACUUUAAAAUCGGCGUCGCAACGAAAAAAGAAAGAUGUUGGAGGAGGCGGAGUCGAUCCAUGUGGCAGCGGUCCUUGAGGACUGUGUCGAUCAGUUAGCCGUUCUUGGAAAAAUUAUGCCAUCGACAUUUGAAGCAAGAAAAGAUGCAUCAGAAAUUGUUGAUGAUGAAAUAUCUCAACUGGUUGAAGGCCAAAAGAACUUAGAGGACAAAUACGAGCAUGCUGUCGCCAGUAAAGGCAAGGAUAUGCAGAGCAUAGGCAAAGAUCUUAAGAACAGCACACAUAUAUUUGCAAGAAGCCUGAAGCAGAGUCCACUUACACCUGAUAACAUGGGAAAAUUGCAGGAUGACAGGGCAUUUCUAGAAACUGUACUGUUUGAUGCCAUGAGAGAGAUCAUUCAGUCGGGAAACUUUGAGAGUUUGAUCCAAGCUGUAAAGUUAGAGAAGGAGAAAAAACAAAGACUCCAGGAAACAAUUUUGAAGGAGGAACAGGGACGUAAGAGGGUCAAAGAACUCCAGAGAAAAUUGAUUGAUGUCAAAAGAGAAAAAGAGACGGAAUGUCAAGAGAGGGAUGAGAUGAUUGCCCAUCUGAAGGAUCAACUCCAGGAAAUGAAAGCUAAGACCAACAUGGAAGGCAAGUAUAUCAAAAAGUGUGCUGAAGUGGGUGUUGCGCAGACACAGAAGAAAUGUUUCCUAACUGAGAAUGAGCUAAAGACUGAGAUCGACAGACUGCGACAACAAGUGGAUGAAGAGACGAGAGUUAACACGGAAAUAGAGGCUUACCUCAGAACACAUCAAACAGAACUAGAAACAAAGGUGGACUAUUGGAUGGGAAAAUACGACGAAGAUGUGGAAAAGAAACAAAAAGAGCUUGAUAUUCUAAAAGCAAAUAAAGCAAAAGAUUUAGAAAGACUGCAAGACCUCACAAAACUGUAUGCAGAAUAUGAACAGAUUGUUGUGGAGGAUCGGGUGGAGAAAGAAAAAGCAAGGAGGAAGGCAGAACUAGAAGCUGAGGAGCUAAGAGCUGCCAUAAA